AUGGACUCCAAGCCCCAGGGGGCCCAGUCCUACCCAGAGGCCCCCAGACCUGGCCUGAGCCCCAGCUCAAUCCCGGGGAACACCAUUCUGCGGCCGGAGCCUCCAGACAUGGUGGGUGACAGGUCUCCAGCCACGAAAGGCGCAGUAGUCAUAGACAUGGGCACCGGCACAUGUAAGGUGGGCUUCGCAGGGCAGGCUCGGCCCACCUACACCGUGGCUACCAUCAUGGGCUACCGGACCAAGAAGUCCACCCAGGAAGGGCCAUCGGUGCUGGAGACGUUCAUUGGUGAGGCGGCCCGGGGGCGCCUGGAGCUGACGCUGGUGCAGCCGAUGCGCAGUGGCAUCCUGGUGGACUGGGACGCCGCUGAAAUUAUCUGGCGCCACCUUCUUGAGCACGACCUGGGCGUGUCCCCUCCGGACCACCCUCUGCUGUUCUCCGACCCACCUUUCAGCCCAGCCACCAACCGCGAGAAGCUGGUGGAGAUGGUGUUCGAGGCGCUGCGCUCGCCCGCCAUGUACGUGGCUUCGCAGUCGGUGCUGUCGGUCUAUGCGCACGGGCGCGUCAGCGGGCUGGUGGUCGAUACAGGCCAUGGGGUCACUUAUACGGUGCCAGUCCUCCAGGGCUACAACCUGCCACAUGCCACCGAGCGCCUGGACCUGGCGGGCAUGCAUCUGACGGCCUUCCUGGCGGAGAUGCUGUGGGGCGUGGGCCUGGACCAGUGCCAGCAACAGGACCUGGAGACGCUGGAGACCAUCAAGCAUUGCCACUGCUACGUGGCUCCGGACUUCCUUAAGGAGCAGGCCCAGCCGGAAAAGGAGAUUGGCCAGAUGCUGAAGCUGCCCGAUGGCAGGGUGGUCACCCUGGGCAAGGAGCGCUUCCAGUGCCCGGAGCUGCUCUUCAAUCCCCCCCACAUCCCGGGCCUGUCGCCCGUGGGCGUCCCCACCAUGGCCAAACAGAGCCUAAGCAAGGUGGCUCAGGAGCUGCGCGCAGACGUGGCCCACAACGUGCUGCUGUGCGGAGGCUCCUCGCUCUUCCCCGGGUUCGAGGGCCGCUUCCGGGCUGAGCUGCUGCGCUCGCUGGCCCCCGAGACCCACGUGGUGGUGGCGGCUCAGCCCACGCGGAACUUCUCGGUGUGGAUCGGCGGUUCCAUCCUGGCCUCGCUGCGCGCCUUCAAGUCCUGCUGGGUCCUCCGGGAGCAGUAUGAGGAGCAGGGGCCCCACAUCGUGUACCGAAAGUGCUACUGA